AUGAGCAAAAUAGCGAUGGACGAAGUGGCAUGGGUUCGCUUCAAAGCCCAGCAGCACAAGAAGAGCGCCCGAGAGCACAUUGUGGCGGUCACCCACAAGAAGGCCCAAAACACCAUUGGCAAUGGGAUCGUCGAGAAGUUCAUGGAGCAGAUGUGUGCCGUGAGUCUGAUCCCUGACAUCUCGAAUGUCCCCAACUUGGAAUCAUGGUUCCGCCAAGCCAGUUUGGAACGGAAGGUCAAUGGGCUUCUUUCGACUAUGGUCCUGGUGGAUUUCACCAAGGUCGGGACAAUUAGCACAGCAGCGCUGAACAAGCACUGCACCCUUGCCGCCAAGAUUGUCAGCCGCAAUCCCCUGGGUUCCUGUGCAGUCAUCAUCGCUCCGUUGCUUUUUGGAACAGCUGGUGGGUUACAAGAACGAACACCUUGCAGGUUGAUCGAAGACAAACUGACCUCACUGGGCCUUGCACUGCGAGACUUGAACCUGGGCAUGGACCUCACAAGCUUACACCGAAAUUCUGACAGACCUGCCUACUAUAGGGCAUGGUUAUGCGUAGCAGAAACAGCAUUGCCUUUGAAAGGCACCGGCCACCGCCGGAAUGCGCACGACGAAGGUGUGAAAGCAGCCCAAGUGUGCGCACACAGUGCAAGCGAAUUGUGGCGACUACAGGGGUUCCCUCAUGACUCCUUACCAAAGGCAAUGGGUGAGGCGGAGUUUCAUGUCCCAAGUGCACGUGCACACCUGACCUGCAAUGACGCGAGGAGGAACCUGACGGACGCGCAAGAAACAGGGCAGUGGGUCUCGGGGGAAGCCUUUUUCACCACCUUGCUGACCUCUUUGUGGAGGGAUGCCACCAGCAAAGCUACAGUGGUGCACACAACGGCCUAUGACGGCACCUUGGAGCGUGCCUGCUUGAAGCUCGAGAUUCCGGUGAUGUCUGUCACUGAUGUGAUGAUUUGCUACAACUACACCUUGCAGUCCAUCAUGAACUUUUUGUUGGAGGAGUGGAAGAGAGGUGCUGGGGAGAUCGGGAAACGUCUUCCAAAAUUCCAACCUGAACCAGGACCAGCAGAACAAGUGCCUGAGGUGGAACAGCCUACCUUCUCCGCUUGCAAGGUAGUUGAUGGGCACCUGCAGAUCCCACAGGAGAUCAAGAACCAAUGGAUCACAGAUCCGAUUCGAGCCACUGAAUGGAGAAAAACCUUGCAGGACUUUGACCGGAAAUGGGGACCCCAUGCGUCAGAAACUCCACAGACACCUGUGCCUUCCACACCGGCUACAACCUCCGCACCAGUCGAAGACCAACCUGACCCGUCUACGACCUCUUGGGACGAUAUCUAUGCUGGGGAGCCAAAGAGCAAACAGGACUUGGAGGCGAAGUAUGGCCCUGGUGCUCACAGUUUCAGCGUGAACAACAACGUGACAGGCAUCAUCGUUGAAGGGCCCAAAUUGUUCUUAGUUGGAACUGCGCACGCAGAGCUGGACGACCAAGAGGGGAUACUCUUUUUUGGAGCGGGAGCCUGGCUCCUUGAUACAAAGGCGACCGCAUUUGCUGAGGACAGGGUUGUCUGGAAUUUCCAAUUUAUACUGCGCUAUAUUUAA